AUGGAUCGUCCGAUUUUGAAGGUUGCAUUGAAGUAUCCAUGCAUCUCUAUCGGACGUCCGUCCACAGCUCCUGGUGAGAAGAGGGGUUUGACCAAAGUCCAUGCUGACUUUUGGUGGACGUCGUACCAGGCUCUGGUGACAAGGGUGAUGGCAGCACCAGUGUCGACAAGCGUGGAGAUAGGGCAAUCAUCAAUACGAGCUUGCAUCAAUACAGCGGCAGGGGACUCCGUGGCAAGGGCUGACGGGAUGGAGUCGUUCACAUGGAUGGUCGACGUAGUAGUUCAACGCCUGCGCGUGUUGAGUGCUGUCAUUGGGGUGCCCAUUGCACCUGGGGCGCUGCUGGGGCAUAUUGCAUGGGCGUUGGCUGUGGCUGACGACGCGACGGUAGGGCUGCUGGCAAUGACUGGUAUGGAUAGGGCUGAUAUCUCCAGUGUUGAGACUGAGGCACUUGGGACAAUCCAUUAUAGGGCCACCCGUCUGGUGUCCAUACACCUGGUGGGGCUGCAGGAAUUGGGGCGGCAUAUAGGAAAGGCGCCUCGGGGUCGAUCUGCAACAUUGGGCCAUGUGGCCGAUUUUUCAACAAGGAUAACAGACAAUGGGUCUUCUCUGAGGAAACAGGGUUCCCGUGCAAAGACUCUCAGCCCCGGACACGUCAGAAGCCCAUAUCAGCAUACCAGCACAGCCAGCCAGGCUGGUCGCCCCACUUCAACCAACCCCACUUCACUGUACGGCAAGUACGUGGUACUCGUGGAUCGUCCCACUCCUGGUCGUAACCUGGAUGAGUCUGAUCUUGAGAGGCCACCUUCAUUACUUGACAAUGGUUUGAGGGAUGUUGAGGUUGCCUGGUGUCACUUCAAUCAGGGCAGGUAG